UAAAAAUGUCUGAGAGCAGUGAAGAGCUUAGCGGUAGUAGCUCAGAAGAGGAACAGUACGAGUUUCAGAUAGACGGAAAGCUCAAAUUAAAAGACCUUGAUAAGGAAAUUAUCAGUAACAACCUUCUGAUCAAAGAGCUUCUACUUGACAAUAAUGCUAAAAGAGAGCAAAAGAAGAAUAUGGAGAAAUGGGCUCUGGUGGAGAAUACAAUGGCUCUUGAGCAACAGGAGGAUAAGGAAGAGAAUUACUUAAAAUAACAAAAUCAGACAUAACAACGAGAUUAAAGAAGAAAGGAAGUAUAAAAGAGCCAAAGAAAAUGAGGAAACUAAAUUCGAUCGGAACGAAGAAAAUGAUGAAAUGGAAGUCGAAGAAUGGCAAGAUAUAGUCAAAGAUCGUUUAAUAGAGUUGGAGAGAUGCGUCUCGGGUCAGAGAAUCGAUGAAGUUAAAUCAAAUUAUGAUUUAAGAGCUGAAAUGGCCAAGAACAGAAUGCUUCAUCUUAAAGCUGAGUACUGUACAAUCAUUGAUGCAGUCUGUGUCAAACUUAUCACCCAAGAAGUUUCAUUUGAGCUUUACUGGAAGUAUCAAAAUGAGUCAAGCCUUGUGACUACCGAUUUGAAAGGAUGUGUUGUUACUUACAGAGUCAAGAGAAGUACAUCCUUUAAAGAUAUUUAUGAUGCAGCAUGUUCCCAUUGGGACCUCAAUAAAAGAAAAUACUUGCUGACAGAUGAAUACUUUAACGAUUUAUCAAUCUACAACGAAAGCGUUUCGAAUUUCUUCCGAGGAUACCAACCAAUGAACUCAAGAAAUGAAGCUAUAGUUUACAUUGUAGAAGAUGAUAGGAAGACAAAAGAGAGCAAAUCAGUCUUGAAAGAAUCAGGGAUUAAUAGAAGAAGAGGUCUAAAUAAUGACCCAGCUACAAUGAAAUAAAAUCACAAAAACUUUAAAGGGAUUAAAAGUUGACAAGAUGACUUUAAGAAGUGAUCCGAAAAAGUUAUCAAAUAACUUCUGGAUGCUGAUAUUUUUCAUUGUACUUUUCUCGUUGAGUAUUGCAAGUUUUACUAUCCAUUACCCUAUAAAAUCAGCAUAUUGGUUUUCAAAUAUCAAUGAACAAUUUUUCAAUAAGCCAUAUACUUACCCAGAUGUUCAUCCAAACGGAACUGCCUAUACUGCUACAAGCCAAUUUAUGAAAAUAGACACUCUAGAGGCGAUUAAUAUUUACAUGAAAUAUUUCUUCAAACUAAAAUUCCUUUCAGCCGAUAGUUCAGAUAGUCCAUCUUUUCUGAACAACAAGAAGAUACUCUAUGGGCCUUACAGAAUUCAUACAAGGAAUGUGAAGAUAUCUGAAUGUGUUGAUGGAGUGGAUAUUUCCCGCUAUAACGGAACUCAUAAUGGUGUUGACUACAACCUAAACUGUCUCAGCGGUUCAAUUAACAAAGAAAACCUGACCUCAAGUGAAGCAGGGACUUUUAGAACAGCUGGACAGUCAAAGCUCAACUUCGAUAUCUCGGGUGAAUACAGUUUAUUUGAUGGUGACGGCUACACUUGGGAUAUCUAUCCCACCAAAAUGAAUCAAAGCACAUUUGAUACAGAAUAUGAUACAUUAGUUGACGCUGGGUUUAUUGGUGAACAGACUGUAGGGCUUAUCAUCUCCUUCACUAUUUAUUCCAAGGAUUUGAAUAAGUGGGCUUAUAACUAUGCUUUUCUUGAGAAGAACUUGCAAGGAGUGAUAUACACUCAUUUCCCUAACUCAAUUGUUUUUGAGCCUCACAGAUUUGAUACUAUUGAAGAAGUAAUCUUCUUCUUCAUAGACAUCAUUAAAGUCAUUGUUAUAUUCAUAGUUUGUUGCUAUGUAAUUGGCUGGGAGUUUUAUCUCUGGAAAUUCAAGAAGAAUAGAAGAACUCUUAUAGUGUUCAUUAGAACCACCAUGAUGCAACUUUUGGCAAUCAUAUUGACUAUUAUUUAUUGAGUAUUCCAUUUUGCACCAGGGAAAAAUGGAAAGAAAUUACUUGAUAUUGCUGCAGAGGAAGAUAUGAAGACUUAUGAAGACCUUUGGCAUGCAGCCCAGUUUUAUAAAAAUGCACUAAGAUUCGAAGCAGUUAUCAUUAUUUUAAUUGCUCUAGUCAUCAUGAGAUUUUUUAGAAUUGUACCUACUUUUCAUUUCUUCUACCAAGUUCUAAAGGAUUCUUUAAGAAUAUAUGCUCCAAAGGCUUUGUUGAUAACUUUGUUGCUUAUCUGUUAUGCUAUAAUUGCCGCUCAGAUCUGGCAUGUUACCUACUAUGGGUUUAAAGACGUAUCAAACUCAAUCCUGUAUAUCUUAUUAAUCUUCGAGCUUUCAACAGGUGAUGGGAACUACGAUCUUUAUGAGCAAUUGAUAUUCCCAUAUGAAAAGGGAUUUGGCCUUCUUUUGAUCAUAAUGACAGUGGUCACUAUUCUUUAUGUCACAAUGACAACUGCUGUUGUUGUAAAAUCAUUUGACAGACAUUUAGAGUUCCUGAAGCAGACGAAAGAAGAAGAAAAGCCUCCUCAUUACAUGAUCAAAUGGUUUAAGGCUGCCAAACUUGACAAGAUCUUCUUUGUUCACAAGUGUAAAAAGAAAAGACAGAAUCAGUAUGCUCUGGAUUCAAAAGAUGAAGCUAAUCUUGAAAUGAUCAGAACUAUCAACAAUAGAAAUUAA